AUGAUGGGAUCAUGUAAAACUUGUAUUCGACUAGUAGAAUCAACACACAAGACCUUAUUAGCAUCACGGAGCAUCGGAAACAUCAAUGUUGGGACAAACGAAAUCGGAUUAGAGUUAAUGUUGGGAUAUUGUGUUAGUACAGAUAGUUUAGAUGAACGAAACACUGAAUUCGAGCCGAAAAUGCUAUACAUUGUAUCAAAUAUAUUUUUCAUGGGAUAUGGAGACGCCGAGAAUGCCGAGGUUAAAGCCGAAAAUGCUAAAUCAAGGCAGGCUAUGGAAGAGAAUGAGGCAAGAUUCGUAAAACUAGAGCAGAGCGAUAAAGAAAAGGCUGAGCUCAUUGCAGAACUAAAUUAG